AUGGAGCAAAAUGAUUGAAUUCCGUAUCCGUGAUCACCUAAUCUCUUCAUUUUUACCUAAAAUAAACACAAGAAGUUAAGAACGAGCUAACCGAAGCGAUUUAAGAAGACAGAGAAGCAGAGUAGGUUGGGUGGGGAUUAGUGUGGAAGAGAUAAAGCAUUUUACAUAGAGACAGAGACGGCGAUGCAAUUGACAACAAGUCGCAAGAUGAGUGAUAUCUUCUGCAGAUAGGACCAACAAUUCCUUUCUUCUUUUUUGUUUUUUCCAAAUUCAGCAUAACAUCGCGUGCCACAGUUAUUUGCAACAUCAUCAUAUGAUGGCAUUGGGAAGAGUGAUAUACGUUGCCAACGCCGUGUCUUUCAGAUCAGAGUUUCAACCCAUGGCACCCGACCGCAUUGGUUCUUCCUCCCCUUCUCGUCAAAAGGACCUCGUUUUCGUCGUCAACCCUCUAGGUGCUAAUGGGAGGACGGGUAAGGAGUGGAGGAAGCUAGUUCCGUAUCUACGGUCUCGCCUUGGUAAAGAGUGCAAUAUAUGUGAAUCCCUAACAUCCGGUCCUUGUCAUGCCAUUGACAUAACGAGAGAGGCUAUAAGGGAGGGGGCUGAUGCUGUCAUUGCUGUUGGAGGUGAUGGAACUCUUCAUGAGGUUGUUAAUGGGUUUUUCUGGGCCGGAAAACCUGUUGCUAGUCAAGUGAAAGAGUCUACACGUUCAACUGCUCUUGGUCUCAUCCCCUUGGGAACUGGUUCUGAUUUUGCAAGAACAUUUGGGUGGAAAAAUGAUCCCCAUGAGGCCAUUGAACGUGUUGCUAGAGGAUUGAGAUCAAGGAUAGAUGUUGGUGUUAUCACUGGAGAGAGUUGUGAUCAUCAUUACUUCAUAAACGUUGCCGACAUUCAUUUGAGUGCAAAGGCGGGUUUUUAUGCUUCUAGGUACAAGAGAUUUGGUAACCUGUGUUAUGUCAUUGGUGCAUUGCAAGCCUUCAUUGGGCAUCAAAACCAGGAUCUGAGAAUCAGGUUCAAUGAUGGCCCAUGGGAGACAUGUCCUCAAGUGACAGCCCUUUGCAUUGGAAAUGCAAAAUACUUCGGUGGUGGCAUGAAAAUUACACCAAAUGCUGAUCCUUUCAACAGAAAUUUAGAGGUUGUGACUCUUCAGAGCUUCAAGUGGUACGAUUUUGUGCUCAAAUUACAUAAGCUAUACAAUGGGACACAUCUCUCAGUUAAAAAUGUAUCUUCUAGAAGUGUACUUUCUAUUGAGGUGGAGGACAUCUCAGGCAAGGGUGGUAUUUACAUCCAAUCUGAUGGGGAGCAUUUGGGGUUCCUUCCAAAAAAGAUUAGUGUUCUGCCUGCUGCUAUUGAGAUGAUAGUCUGAUUUAGCCAGAGAAUGAUAGAAUCAGUGAAAUAGAGAUGAUGUUGUUCAUGCCUUAUAAUUUGCCAACUUAAGUAGAGGGAGGAAGAGUUUUUUAAAGUGUGUAGGCUAGGCAUCGGAGUAGGCUUAUUACAUUUUUUGUGUUGCCUGAGGGAGAGUAAUUGUAAUUUUGAAUAAGUAAUGUAUUAUCAUAUAAUUAUUUUUUAACUGUAAAAUGUUUCUGCAGUUGUUAAUGUAAAAUAAAUGUUUCU